CCGGCUUUGUGUGUUUGUGCAGAAACCGAUCCCAAACAGGUCCCCGGCUUCCCACGAGGCUUGCCUCGAAACAUCGAUCGCUUCAAUUCGUCAUCGACUCCCGCUUCCAGGUUCUUUCCCGCCGCCAAAACUCCCAUUCACUGGCCUCCCGCUUUCCCAUCCCCUUCCUCUGCAAUCCAACUCCACUGCCCUGCGCACUUUCAAAUUGCCGGCGGUCUGUUGCAUGCGAUAGUCAAGCGGAGGAAGACGUCGGAUUCAGGCCUUCUUUUCUCGAGGCGGUCAACCAGAGCCUACCUAGUCUCGCAGGAGCCCAGUCCCCUCCAAAAUGGUCCUCGGAACCAUUAAGUGCGUGGUCGUCGGUGACGGUGCGGUCGGCAAGACAUGUCUUCUCAUCAGCUACACGACAAACAAGUUCCCGUCGGAAUACGUGCCGACGGUCUUCGACAACUAUGCAGUCACGGUUAUGAUCGGUGACGAGCCCUACACGCUGGGGCUGUUCGAUACCGCCGGACAAGAAGAUUAUGACCGCCUGCGGCCGCUCUCGUACCCCCAGACCGAUGUGUUCCUCGUUUGCUUCAGCGUCACGUCGCCGGCCUCGUUUGAAAACGUGCGCGAGAAGUGGUUCCCUGAGGUACACCACCACUGCCCCGGCGUGCCCUGCCUGAUCGUCGGCACCCAGGUGGAUUUGCGGGACGACCCGCAGGUGGUAGCGAAGUUGGCAAAGCAGAAGAUGCAGCCGGUGCGGAAAGAGGACGGCGAGCGGAUGGCCAAGGAGCUGGGCGCAGUCAAAUAUGUCGAAUGCAGCGCUCUUACGCAGUACAAGCUCAAGGACGUCUUCGACGAGGCAAUCGUCGCUGCACUCGAGCCUCCCCCGCCAAAGAAGAGCUCCAAACACAGGUGCCAGAUUCUCUGAUCAAGGCGUCUGACACAUGUUACCGUAGUUCUCUGACCGGUCCCGCGGAAUCGGGAAGAGCGAAAUCUGGACAGCCAUAUACCCGGCACAAGAGGCCUGCCAUCAGCCCCACGUUUGAGAGUUGUCCGGAGCGAUUACACAGUGGCUUUAACACGGCGACCCCGAUGCUCGCGACGGGGGAAGCGCAGGCGUUGACCUAGUCCUGGGAAGUCUCGGGAUCGCCCUCGCGUCUGCCUCCAGUUCCCCGUCGGCGAUGGCGUCCAAUGGACAAGGAAGGCGAGGAGUGUUUCACUCCAUCGGGGAGAGGGUUGGGUUGGACUUGACCAAGCCUUCAUUUUCUACUCUAGAAUUCGUCAACCCCACGCCGUUCGGCUUCCUGGUAUCUUCUUGGCCCGUCGUCGCAACUUUUUUCUCUUGAUUCGAUCUCACUUGUCACUGGGGCUGGCAAGUUCAUAAACCGAGGCGGGAUCUUUUCUAUUUUGAUAGGACAGUUUGGCGAUUGGAGCGCAAUUGAAUCAAGCUUCCCUUUCUUCUCCCUUUUCCUGUUCCGGUUUCUGAAACACACGAGCUUGUCCCGGCGCCAAGGGGGCAGAAAAAGAAGGGGAAAAAAAAAGAAAAAAGAAAAAAAAAAGAAA